GCCAGCCUCAAAGGGCAUCUCUGACUCGCCUAAACUCCAUUUGCAGAGUGCUGAAGCGAGCUGAGACCAAGGUCACUGUCAGCAUUGCUGAUCUAGGGUAUCGUCCUUGCCUUCUGCCGCGGGAUCUAGAAUUCCUUGAAUUCUUCUAAAAACGCCUACAUCUACGACUGACGCCCUGGACGACAUCUGAGAACGAACAUCCAUCAUCUCACCACAGACCUCUCUAUCUUCGACAAAGCAUGGCUCCUGUUUCUACAAGCGACUUUCUCUCCAGCGAAUUCGAUUACCUAGUCCUUGGUGCAGGUACCGCGGGGCUAGCUGUCGCCGCAAGGUUAUCUGAGGAUCCCAAUGUUCGCGUCGGGGUCAUCGAGGCCGGUGAGCUCGUGGUUGACAGGCCUGAGGUCAACAUUCCUGGUAUGGUCGGAAGAGCGGUUGGAUCAGACCUGGAUUGGAAGUUCGAGACGAUACCGCAGGAGAAUGCUAAUAAUCGAGUGAUAAGACAGCCUCGCGGGAAAGUCGUCGGGGGAACAUCUGCUUUGAACUUCGAGGCUUGGGGAAGGGCGUCGGCAGCGGAAUAUGAUGCGUAUGAGGUUCUUGGGAAUGAAGGCUGGAACUGGCCUGAAUUCCUCAAAUACUUGAAGAAGGCAGAGACGUUCACUCCACCACCUCCUGAGAUCGCAAAGCAGCAUCACGUUAAUUAUGAAGCCCAGUACCACGGCACUGACGGACCUAUCCAGAUGACGUUCCCCGUUUGGUUCAAUGAUUUGCAUCUCCCAUUCUUAGAAGCGAGUGCUGCGCGCGGUAUCCCUUAUAACUCGGACAACGGAGACGGGAAGAACAACGGAUCGUUCACUGGAACAUUCUGCAUCGAUCCUCGCACUGGUACCCGCAGCUACUCGACUACUGGCUACUACCUUCCCAAUGCCGAGCGGAAGAACUUGGUUCUGCUUACCGGAGCUCACAUCACCAGGAUCUUGUUUGAAGACACUCAGGGUUCGGAUGUCGUCGCUACCGGCGUGGAGUUCCUGAAGGACGGUCAGACGCUUGUCGCAAAGGCAAAGCGAGAGGUCGUUCUCUGCGCAGGAACCCAUCAGACUCCCCAGAUCCUCGAGCUCUCAGGUAUCGGGAAGUCUGAGAUCCUGAAGAAACACGGUAUCAAGCAGAUUGUGGACCUUCCUGUAGGCGAGGGCCUUCAGGAUCACGUUUGGGUUCACUUCAUCUUCGAGAUUUCGAAGGACAUCUUCACUCUGGAAUCCUUGAGGGAGUCUCCUGAGGUUCUUGGCGAAAUCAUGCGCACAUACAAAGAAGAGAAGAAGGGCAUGAUGGCUUCGGUGUUUUCAGCCUAUUCUUUCGCGCCACUCUCAUCUGUGAUGACUCCCUCCGAGCUUGAAGCACAUGGUAAUGAGAUCGUCAAUGGAGAUUCGUUCUCUAAGACUCCUUUCGGAAGGAAGUAUGCUUCCCUUUACAAGGAUUGGGCGCACGACGACGGUCAUGCUCAGCUCGAGGUUCUCCAAACUCCCGGUUUCCUCACCCGUGUCGACCUCAAACCCAAGCCAGAUACUCAUUACAAUACGUUCAUGGCCGGCCUCCUGCAGCCCCUCUCCCGUGGCUCCGUCCACAUCGGCUCCUCUGACCCCCUUGCACCUCCCGUCAUUGACCCUGCCUUCCUUAAGAACCCGCUUGACCUUAAACUGCUUGUCAAGAUCGUCAAGCUCUGUCGCGACAUCAUGAAUUCUGAUGCUUACAAGGCUGCGAACCCCGUUGCCUACGAUCCACCGAAUGAGAUGCAGAGCGAUGAAGAGUUGGAGGAGUUUGUGCGGAAGACGGCGAAUCCUUUCUUCCAUCCGGUGGGAACAGCGAGUAUGCUGCCCAAAGAAGAUGGUGGCGUCGUGGAUAAGACGUUGAAAGUCUAUGGGACGAAGAACUUGCGCGUGGUCGACGCUUCUGUGAUGCCCUUCGUGUUAUCUUGUCACAUCCAGUCGACCAUAUACGCGAUCGCCGAGAAGGCUGCCGACAUUAUCAAAGCAGCAAACGCCUGAGGAGGAGGUUGUGUUGAUUUAGGGCGGACAUGAGAUGCAUCACAUCUCCAUCUCCAAACAAUGUCUCUGUACUAUCUUUGUGUACGAUACGAAUUUUUACGAUGCGGCCGACGCAUCACCAAAUGGAAGCAAGUAUUCUGCGCCA